ACUCUUAUGCGUGGUAUUAUUUGCGACAUUAUGCAUCCAAUCUUCGAGAGCCCUCCCCCUGCUUGACUACUUCACGACAGAACCGUUGCGCGACGGUGGCUCCGGCGAACCAGAUCAACCACAAUCCGAUUCGACUGAUGUCGGAAGUUACGCGGAAAGUCCAAUGAUCCGCUACGAUACGGUCGUUCCAGUGCUGAGAGUGGUCCUGACUCCGAUUGGUCGAAUGCUUCAACCGAUGAUCGAACGUUGGCUGGUGGCACGCUUUGGGCCGUACAUCGAAACGGUUGGCCGAGCGCUGGAGAGCUUUUCGAACUUUGCCACCGAAAACGUGUCCUUCCAAACCGGUGACACGUACUACACCAAGAGUGACCUCGUGGAUGGGUACGGGUACAACUCGCUGAUCAUCAAUUUGCCGUCGGGAAGGAGCAUCACCGUGCUGACGCACAAAUCUAGCCGGAAGCUCAACAUUUUGGACGAAUUUCCCCAGCUGACGGAAGCCCUGAACGAGGUUAGGAAGCUGCAGUAAAAUCGUUUUUUUUUUCGUGGGGGAUUCCAAGACUGACAGAGGCUAAUUGUGCACGUUCAAUCAGAUUAUUUAUUUUUCUAUUUAUUCAUUCAUCAUCCCAAACAUCAACCCCGUAAGCGAAAUGUGCAGUCAAAAUUUGUGCU